AUGAAUGUGAACGGCUGUGGCUGUCCAUAUUAUAAAGUUGUAUAUGUUAAAGAGGUGUCGUGGGUGCGGCACCGGGACCUGCACAUCCUGACGGUGGGCUCGUACACGUACACGAGCGACCAGCGCUUCCAGGCGUCGCACCACCGCGACCUGGACGAGUGGACGCUGCACAUCAAGUGGGCGCAGCGCCGCGACGCCGGCGUCUACGAGUGCCAGGUCAGCACGCAGCCCGUGCGCAGCCUCGCCGUCACGCUCAACAUUGUCGUUCCCACUGCGACCAUCCUCGGCGGUCCAGAUCUGUACGUGAAUAAGGGCAGCACCAUAAACCUCACGUGUACCAUCAGGUAUUCGCCUGAACCGCCUGCGUUCAUCUUCUGGUAUCACCACGAUGAGGUGAUCAGCUACGACAGCGAGCGCGGCGGCGUCAGCGUGGUGACGGACAAGGGCGAGCAGACGACGUCGCGGCUGCUGCUGCAGAAGGCGCGGCCCUCCGACUCGGGCCACUACACGUGCCGGCCCAGCAACGCGGACGUCGCCACCGUCACCGUGCACGUGCUCGACGGGGAGCGUCCCGAGGCGAUGCAGACGGGCGCGUCGGCGCCGCGGUGCCUGUCCAUCGUCGCGACGGCUGCGUCGCUGCUGGCGGCUGCGGCGGCUGUGCUGACCAGCAGGUGA